CUAUAAAAACUAGGUGCCGCUGGAAUUAGUUGUGAUAGCCAAACAAAGCGUCUUCCACUAACAAGACCUAUACCGCGCCAUGGAGACUAUGCAUAGUGGUUACUCUUACGGGCCCCAAUUCAUGGCCCUAUCGAAUGGAUCUGUCACCGAUAAAGUUACACCUGAUAUGGCACAUCUUGUCCAUCCAUAUUGGAAUCAAUUCCCACCAAUGGACCCGUUUUGGAAUAAGGCCCUAGGUGCUUUUCUAUCAAUUAUGGGAACCAUAUCAUUUUGCGGCAAUGGCAUUGUGGUUUAUAUAUUUUCAACAACCAAAUCCCUGAAGACCCCAGCAAAUUUGCUGGUUUUGAAUCUGGCGUUUUCGGACUUUUGUAUGAUGCUCACAAAUUGCCCAAUGAUGAUUAUAAAUUUGUUCUAUGAAACGUGGAUAUUGGGGCCAAUGAUGUGCGAUGUUUAUGCGUUGUGUGGAUCGAUGUUUGGAAAUGUUUCGAUUUGGUCCAUGAGUAUGAUAGCCAUGGACAGAUAUGAAGUCAUUGUCAAAGGUGUUACCGGACGUCCUAUGACGAUCAAAUUGGCAAUAACGAAGAUCCUGAUUAUAUGGACAUUCGCAGCCUUUUGGACGGCUGGACCUUUGUUCGGAUGGAGCAGAUACGUUCCCGAGGGAAAUUUGACUUCAUGUGGAAUUGAAUAUCUUGAACGAAACUGGAACCCUCGAACUUAUUUAAUAUUUUACUCAAUUUUCGUCUACUACUUGCCAUUGUUUAUGAUUUGCCAUUCUUAUUGGUUUAUUAUUGCGGCUGUAGCAGCUCACGAAAAGGCCAUGCGAGAACAAGCAAAGAAAAUGAAUGUCAAAUCCUUGCGCUCAUCUGAGGAUAACGAGAAGAGCGCCGAAGGAAAACUGGCCAAAGUGGCUUUGGUCACGAUUUCAUUGUGGUUCACUGCUUGGACACCAUAUCUCAUUAUCAAUUGCAUGGGUUUGUUCAAAUUUGAAGGCAUAACUCCACUUUUAACAAUUUGGGGUGCAACGUUUGCAAAGUCAAGUGCUUGCGUCAAUCCGAUUGUCUACGGAAUCAGCCAUCCAAAGUAUCGCAUUGCCCUUAAGGAAAAAUGUCCCUGCUUAGUUUGCGGUUCAACAGAAGAACCUAAGAGCAGUGACGCAACUUCGCAAGCCACAACUGGAGAAGCAGAAUCAAAGGCAUAAAUUUAACUAAAUGUAUAUAAACAUAUUUGAAUAUCUUAAACUAAACAAUUUUGUACGCAUCAUUCUUACGCUAAGUUUAAAUAUAAGUGCAUUGACAAUCUGAAAAAAUUAUGAAAAA